CUAAAUUUGGGUGGGCAGUGCUGGCAAACUAAAAUACAAGUUCUGUAAUACUGGGAUUUCAUGUAGAUUAUGAUUGAUCUAUCUCAGUGGAGAGCAAGUGUUGGGCUUUGGAACUGUUGUCAAUCUGUUUCGUGUUCUACUAGACCAGCUACUGCUGAGAACUUGAAAUGUAACCAUAGGAAGUUACCUUUAUUGUUUGGGGCCCUCCUCCUAAUUGUAUCGACCCUUUACAGUUGUACAGAUGAUGCAUUUUCUUGUUUUUCCUCAAAAGCAAGAACUGUUACGAUUGGUAUUUUUCAGUUGUCUUUGAAAGUGUCUGAUAUUCUGGCGUGUUUCCUUUAUUCUGUUUUUGUUGUGAAGCUCCUCCUUUUAUCAGGAGAUGUUGAACUCAAUCCCGGUCCUGUGACAGGUAACUCUUUCGAAUUAUUGCAAUUUUAUUCUGACAAAUUAAUUGACGCCAUCUCUGACGAUGUACUACGAGUAACCAAUGCCUUGUAUGCUAGAAGUCUAGUACAAUCUAACAUAAGGAGGGACGUGCUAGCGGUGGACAGAACUGAUUACAGCAAAGCUAUUGAUCUGGUGUUUUCUAUUGAAGCAGAACUAGAGUCUUCGAUUAAUCCAAGCCAAUAUCUAGCUGACAUGUGCCGUGUGUUGUUGAACAUACGGUUACAAAAUCUAACUGACAUUGCUAGUACUAUAUUGAUCGAAUUAGGUCAGUCUGUGCCUGCUAACUCUGAAUACACCAGAGUAUCAGAGGAUGUUCAAAGAUAUGCUGGAAUCGUUGGUCAGCAGUAUAAACAUUAUCCUGUAGUUGUGACAGAGUGGCCACCAAGAAUUGCAAAGGAUUACUUUGGAAGGAUAGUACUAAUAGAUAAUCAAGAUUAUAUGAAGACUCAGAAAAUGAGCUUGACUCCUAAUGAGAUAUGUGACCUUCAUGGGAAGAAAGAAAUAGCUAUCAAGGAUAUCCUUCGAUCCAAAAACGACCUUCCUCUCAGAAUUGCUGUUGACGGUCCUCCUGGUAUUGGUAAGACGUCGCUUUGCCAGAAGAUAUUAAAUACCUGGUCCUUGGGGGAACUUUUGGGCAAGAAGUACGACUUGCUACUGUACUGUCCACUGAAAAAUGCUAAAGUGGCUAAAGCUACCACAUUGAAGGAGCUUUUUGUGUGUAUCACUCAUGAAGUCCCAAUGGUUGCUAAAUGGUUUGAGGAAAGGAACGGGGAAGGAUUAUUAAUAUUAUUUGAUGGUUGGGAUGAAAUAGAUACUGAUCUUAUAGCCAGACAAUCUACACUGGCUGCUCGUAUCAUACGUAGAGAGUAUUUGGAGAAAUGUUCUGUAGUUAUUACUUCACGUAGCUAUGUCUCUCCAUCACUUUUAGAGAUGACCUCUUUCAACAGAUACAUUCAAGUCAUUGGAUUUACUGAGGAUGAGAUAGCAACUGUAAUCAUAAACACCCUUCAGAAGGAUCCUAAACUAGCACAAGAGCUUGUUGAAAAAAGAAGAGAGAGUAAUAACUGUCCUGCUUUAAUAGAUAGUCAAACCAAUAAUGAAUCAAGGAGGGCAUUGAAGCUCAUUAAUGAACUUAAAGUACGAGCUGAUAUACAAUUUCUAUGCACUGUUCCUAUAAUUUUAGCCAUUGUCAUAUUAUUAUUUUGCAAGGAAGGAGGACGCUUGCCACAAACACUCACUCAAUUGCAUCAGAACUUUGUUUUACAAACAGUAAGAAGACAUGUAAAGAAAUACUAUUACUCUAUUGAGCCUAGACAGCUAUAUUAUUUUGACCACAUGCCACUAGUCAUAAGACAACCAUUUUAUGAUAUAUGCCAAGUAGCUUAUUUAAGCUUAAAGAGCAAAAAUAAGAAUAAGACUUUCUCCUUUCCGUUAAAGCCAACAAGUGAAAAGUAUGAUAAAGGACUGGUUGCUUCAUUCAUGGAAUGCAAUGAGGAAAACCAUAAAUUUAUACACUUGAACAUCCAGGAGUUUAUGGCCGCAUGGUGGAUAGUUAACUUUGAAAAUGCAGAGGAAGUUUUUAAGGAGCACUUUGAAGAUAAUCACUUUCGAAUGUGUCUGAGGUUUGUGGCAGGUCUAACACAGCUUGAACAAGCAAGUUACCGGCAAUACUUUGAUAAGCUAUUUGUACCUCAGUGUAAGAAAAGGCAAUUGUUUCCAUUUGAAAAUUUUCAAUCUUUCCGCUCAUUUCGAAAAGAUGAUCAUGCUGUUUCCUCAUAUGAUACUUUAGAUGAUAUUCCUGUUGUCCUUCUUAGACUCUUGUAUGAAUCACAAAAUUCUACUUUAUGUACUGAACUAGCUCAAUCCAUCUAUGGCGACCCCUUUUCUAAGCCCACAAUUUGUUUUGAAAGAGUUUCGUUAUCAUUGUUUGACAUCUUGUGUUUAAGUUUCUUCAUUAACAACUCCGGCAUAAAAUGGAGUCACUUUGACUUGAGGAAGUUAAGCUAUCAUGAAUUGUCAGUCUUCACAGCUGGGCUCACUGACACUCCUAUGAAAUGUGAAAGGUUGUCAAUAGUACUUGGUGAUAGAGGCUGCACUGAAUCAGUUCAUACUUUUUUACAGCCAGCACCUUUACGUAAUAUCCAGGAGUGCCAUUGUGAGUUAAUGUCUACACUCAAUAGUCAAUAUGAUCCUUGUUUGGUACUCAAUGAGUUAUUGAGGCUUCCUCAACUCAUGAUCUUACACUUUUUGAUUAAGCCUGAUGAUCAUUCCUGUAGUGCAGAAGAUCAAUACUCUGAUCUUCAGAAAUUAUUAGUUAAAAAAUCAAAACUGCGAGAAAUGAAAGUGGAGUAUUUUGGAGACCCUACAAUGAAAGAGGAUGUAAUUUUCAAGUUAUUUUCUGCCAUUAUUAGAGGUGUAAAAGAGAACAUGACUAUGACCUCGCUUUCUCUGAUCAUUCAUGAUUUUAUACUCCACGAUUCUAUUCUUGUUGAUUUAGUAGAGUCAUUACUAAUAAACAACAGGUCAUUACAAACCCUAGAAUUAAAUUUUCAAAUAAUUCCUGAACAUCUUUCGCCCUCAUCGCAGAAUAUAUUAGAAGUAAAUACACCACUGACUGCUCUAGAGCUGGGAUGGAAUAACAAUGAACUAUUUAUACCAUGCUUUUCUAAUGUUAGAGGAUUACGUUGCUUGACAGCAUCUGGACUGCUGUCACCAAAUCUGUUUUCCUUUUAUCCUAACCUGCAAUCACUCACUCUACUACUAGACUCAGUGGAGGGUGUAAUUAAUUUGUUUAAUGAACUCCAAAGGAAUACUACACUCGAGGCAUUAAAGCUGAACUUGAAAGAGGAGGAAUUAUGCAUAAAUGAUUGUGAUGCUGAAGCUUUUAAUGUUAGCAUGGGUAACAGUCUGCAAGACAUGUUAAAGCAAAACCGUUCAUUGAAAUAUCUUGAGAUUAUGACAGAUACUUAUCACAGCUCCAUUACGUCAAAUUCAUUCCUUUCCUUCCUUACAACUGGCCUCAGACACAAUACCAGCCUACAGCAGUUGAGUGCACCAUUGCCUUGUAAUAAGGAUGUUAAUGCUUUUUUUAAUGUUAUAGCGCAAAAAAGCAAUAUUACGGAACUUAAAGUAGACGUUAGACCAGAAGAGCUGUACUGGGAAAGCUCUGAAAAAGAGAAGGAACAAUCGGUAUCAUUUUGUGAGGUUGUAUUACCAGCGAUUACUACUAUGCUGAAAUCACAUACAGCUUUGAGGAUCCUGCACAUAAAGUGUACUUUUGUUAAUGAACUAGCUUGCCAAGAGCUAUACACAAAGCAAGUGAGCUGCUUAUACGAAACAAUCUUCAUCCAUCCUUCACUUAAAUGCAUUGAAAUCACUGGGCCACAUCGGCCAGCAUCUUUUCUGAAAGAUAUCGUCAAAGAUCAGAAUAGAUUGCCAGAGGUAAAAAGAAUUGCUGGACAGAAAGAGAGCUCUAUGACAUUGCCAAUACCAGCCUUGGAGCCCAGACCCACUGAAUUGACCCAAAUCAAUGUAAGGAAGGAUCUGGACAGAAAGAUACCAGUAAUACAGUUACCUAUUAAAUUGUUAUUGUGACAAUUAUUAUUGAAACUUCAGUACUGAUGCACCAUGCAUAUAUAGAACAUGUUGUGAUUUUUGGUACCAUCUUGUAAUUGGUAUCCAUUUCUUAUCAAUUUAGGCUUUUUCUGUUUUUAUUCACUAAAUAAUUACAGUUUAUGUUUCCAUAA